CGCAGGUCUCGCGGCAGGCAAGCGGCUCCGUCGCCUCUCCGGCCCCAUGGCAGCCCCCGGCUCCCCGGCCGAGUGCGGCUACAUCCGUACAGUCCUGGGCCAGCAGAUCUUGGGGCAGCUAGACAGCUCCAGCCUGGCUCUGCCCUCCGAAGCCAAGCUGAAGCUGGCGGGGAGCAGCAGCCGCAGUAGCCUGGCGGCCAAGAGCCUGCGGAUCCAGGAGCAGGUGCAGCAGACCCUGGCCCGGAAGGGCCGCAGCUCGGUGGGCAACGGAAAUCUUCACCGAACCAGCAGUGUUCCUGAGUAUGUCUAUAACCUCCACAUGGUUGAAAAUGAUUUUGCUGGUGGACAUUUUCCUGGCCCUAAAACCUAUGACAUGCUAAAGCCGGGCACCACCGCCUCUUACGAAAAUCGCUGGGGGAGAGGAACGGCGCAGUACAGUUCACAGAAGUCAGCGGAAGAGAGAUCCUUGAGGCAGCCUCUGAGGAGACUCGAGAUUUCUCCAGACAGCAGCCCUGAGAGGAUUCAUUACUCGCACAGCGAUUACCAGUACAGCCAGAGAAGCCUGGCCGGGCGCGCUCUGCGGCACCACGACAGCAGGAGGUCCACCCUCCUUCUGCCGCCUCGAUAUGCUCGCUCAGAGAUCGUGGGUGUCAGUCACUCCGGGGCCACGAGCAGACCCCGCCACUAUGACACUUACCACAGACAGUGCCAAUACGGGUCUGUUGCCGACGACUCCGUUUUCGACUCUGCCCCCAUCAACCCGGUGGUGCUCACGUACCCCAGGCCCGGGACCAGUCACAGCAUGGGCAACCUCUUGGAGAAAGAGAACUGUGUGACUUCAGGGCCUGCCGCUGGGCAGGUCAGGCCGCUGGUGCCCCUGCAGCGUGUCACUCAGAACAGGGCUUCCCGGUCCUCCUGGCGUCAGAGCUCCUUCCACAGCACCCGCAUGGUGAGGGAAGCCGGGCCCAGCGUCACUGUGGACUCGGGCGGGAGGAGGACCCACAUGACGGUUGGACAAGUGGCAGCAGGCGCAAGUGGGAACAUGCUCGCGGAGAGAAGCACUUUCACUGACUCCCAGCUCGGGAAUGCAGACAUGGAGAUGACUCUGGAGCGAGCAGUGAGUGUGCUCGACGCAGACCACACACCGCCGCCCCGAAUUUCGGCGGCGGCUACUUUCAUUCAGCACGAGUGCUUCCAGAAAUCUGAAGCGCGGAAAAGGGUUCAUCAGCUUCGUGGCAUCCCCAAGCUUCUGCAGCUCCUAAAAGUUCAGAAUGAAGAUGUGCAGCGAGCCGUGUGUGGGGCCCUGCGAAACUUGGUAUUUGAAGACAAUGACAACAAGUUAGAGGUCGCCGAACUCAACGGCGUACCGCGGCUGCUCCAGGUGCUGAAGCAAACCAGAGACUUGGAGACUAAGAAGCAAAUAACAGGUUUGCUGUGGAAUUUGUCAUCUAAUGACAAACUCAAGAAUCUCAUGAUAACAGAAGCCUUACUUAUCCUGACUGAGAAUAUCAUCAUCCCCUUCUCGGGCUGGCCAGAAGGAGAUUACCCCAAAGCAAAUGGUUUGCUCGAUUUUGAUAUAUUUUACAACGUCACAGGAUGCUUAAGGAACAUGAGUUCAGCAGGCCCUGAUGGGAGGAAAGUGAUGAGGAGGUGUGAUGGACUGAUCGACUCGCUGGUCCAUUAUGUCAGAGGAACCAUUGCAGAUUACCAGCCAGAUGACAAGGCCACGGAGAACUGUGUGUGCAUUCUUCAUAACCUCUCCUACCAGCUGGAGACAGAGCUCCCAGACAGAUAUUCCCAGAGUAUCUAUAUUCAAAACCGGACUAUCCAGGCUGACAAUAACAAAAGUAUUGGGUGUUUUGGCAGUCGAAGCAGAAAAAUAAAAGAGCAAUAUCAGGACAUGCCAAUGCCGGAGGAAAAGAGCAACCCGAAGGGUGUGGAGUGGCUGUGGCAUUCCAUCGUGAUAAGGAUGUAUCUGUCCUUGAUCGCCAAGAGUGUCCGAAACUACACUCAGGAAGCAUCCUUGGGAGCUCUGCAGAAUCUCACAGCAGGAAGUGGACCAAUGCCGACAUCAGUAGCUCAGACUGUUGUCCAGAAGGAAAAUGGCCUUCAGCACACCCGGAAGAUGCUCCAUAUUGGUGAUCCAAGUGUGAAAAAGACAGCGGUUUCCCUGCUGAGGAAUUUGUCUCGGAAUCUCUCUCUGCAAAAUGAAAUUGCCAAAGAAACUCUGCCUGAUUUGGUUUCCAUAAUUCCCGACACAGUCCCGAGUACUGACCUUCUCAUUGAGACUACAGCCUCUGCCUGCUACACGUUGAACAAUAUAAUCCAAAAUAGUUACCAGAAUGCACGGGAUCUUCUAAACACAGGGGGCCUGCAGAAAAUCAUGACCAUCAGCUCAGGCGAUGUUUAUGCCUCCAACAAGGCAAGUAAGGCUGCUUCUGUUCUCCUCUAUUCUCUGUGGACGCACACGGAGCUCCAUAAUGCCUACAAGAAGGCUCAGUUUAAGAAGACAGAUUUCGUCAACAGCCGUACUGCCAAAGCCUACCACUCCCUUAAAGACUGAGAAAACGAAGAAGUGCUCUCCGAAAUCUCAACCUCACUGUCUGCAGCCACAAAAAAAGCCCCAGAGGAAAACACCUAUUUUUCUACUUCCCAACCCGAGAAACCUCCAAAGAGCAUGCCCUGUUUCUUAUCCUUUUCUAUUUCCAUGGUCCCCAGAAUCCAGAACACAAAUAAUCAAAAUAAUAAUUUUAUUAACUUUCCAGAAGACUUUUGCAAGUUUGCUACCAGUAGACACAACAGGUUUGAUUUUACCCUCCCAAAUAGGGGGCUUUCUGAUCCGGGCUCACAGCGCAAGGCGUCCUGGAACCAACAUGUGGAUUCAUAUGGAAUGGACAUUCACAGAAUCAAUAAGGAAAGAAGUCACUGUAUUACGAGGCUUCUAAAAGUUUGAUUUACAUUUACGUUCCUUUUCUGGUCUCCAUGUUUUGGCAUGUUGUUUCACCAUUGAGUCACGAGUGUUUUGUUCUGCGGUGUUGAAAAGAACAGAAAUGACAAAGAAUAUUCACGGAGUUAUCCAGGAGAAAUUUUACUGGCAAAAUUACGUUUGUUUACGUUGUGCUUAUUUUUAUCAUCUUGAAUUUUUUUUCUCUGAUUUUAAAUGAACUUAAAGAUUUAGAUCACAGAGUGUGCAUGACUCUAAGGAAAUGAAAUCAAAAUGAAGUGAUCAUAGCAGAUUUAAAAAUCUUCACAGAGAAAGGCAACUAUGCUUAUGAAAUUCAGUGUUCCCUCUACACACUGUGUAAAUGCUCUUCUUGCUCAAGGAAAAUAAGCUACCAAUAACAACACCAUUAAGUGCAAAUCUCUUCUGAAUAGUAGGAUUCAGUGUGAUCUAUUUCCUGGACUUUUUCAGUUCCUGCCAUGGGCUGAUAGAGAAAUGGACUCUAUAUACUCUUCAGGUACAAAAGGAACCCAAACCUCUCAAUAGCUGGUUGAGUCCAGGGCACUGAGAACACAUCUCAUUUUAAUGAAUUACAUUAUCAACCAGCCCAACUUUGCCCAACACUUAAAAAAAAAUAGCACAGAGCCUCUAAAUCUCACGUGAUCUUCCUCAAGCCAUUUUCAGUCACUCUAGAGUGAAAAAUGAAGAUGUUAUAUUGAGGGAAGGUAUUUCAAGGCCAUCCAGAAAUGGUAUGAGAAACACUAAUGUUGAAAAAUUGACAACCUCAUCUGUUGAAGCAAAUCUCUAUCAUGUGUUCUUUUAACUGAGCUGUGAUUAACACCAUUUCUGUAGAAUUCGUCUCCUCAAUUACAAUUGUUAUAUUUUGCUUUUUUAAAAAAAAUCUGACAGUGUUUGCCGUAAGAAAGUAGGAAGGAAAAUGUCUUUCAGCUCCUUUUGGCCAGAAAAGUGUAAUAGAAAAUAAAUUCCCAUUUUCAAUUUGAA